CUCAAUCGUUGAUGUUUUGAUUCUCAAAAAUGGGAAAAACGAAGAAAACCCGUAAAGUUGUUGAAAAACGGUUUGCAAAAAUAAAGAAGAUGAUAAGUCCGAGCGAUCCCAGGAUCAAAGCGUCUCAGCGUGCCCCGCCAAGAAGGAAAAAGCCGGAAGACCCACAUGAAAUAAAAGUGCAUGAAGCCCCACAAGCCAGUUCUGCUCUUUUCUUUCAGUACAACACUCAGCUAGGACCUCCAUAUCAUAUUCUGAUAGAUACAAAUUUUAUAAACUUUUCCAUUAAAAAUAAAUUGGAUAUUAUACAGAAUAUGAUGGAUUGUUUGUAUGCAAAGUGUAUACCAUACAUUACAGACUGUGUGUUAGGUGAAUUAGAAAAAUUAGGGCAAAAAUAUAAGGUUGCGUUAAGGAUUAUCAAGGAUCCUAGAUUUGAAAGAAUUCAUUGUAUGCAUAAAGGAACAUACGCAGAUGACUGUUUAGUGCAGAGAGUAACACAACAUAAAUGUUAUAUUGUAGCAACAAAUGACAAGGAUUUAAAAAGAAGAAUAAGAAAAAUACCUGGUGUGCCUAUUAUGUAUGUUUCACAACAUAAAUAUACCAUUGAAAGGAUGCCUGAUGCAUAUGGAGCUCCCAAAACAUAAUAUAAUUAUUAAAAAAAAAUGUUAUUAUUCUUACUUUUAUUGAUGUAAUAUAUAAGAAAAGAAACGUAAAAUAAAUAUUUGUAAUUGU